AUGGACGCCUCCUUUCUCCGCAUCUCCAAGCUCGAUGGAACUAACUAUCACGCCUGGAAGUUCAAAAUGGAGAUGGUGCCGGAGGAACGGGACCUGUGGGAGGUCGUCAGCGGCGAGAUCAAGGCGGAACAGUGCGUGACUCAGUUGUACCAAGAGGCGUACAAGAGGAAGUCAAGAAAGGCGAUGGCAGUGAUCUGUCUAGCCAUGGAAGAUUCCCAGCUACCAUUGGUCCGGUCGGCAAGUGGCGCAUGCGACGCAUGGUCAAGGUUGGAAGACCACUUCGAGAAGAAGAGUCUUGCCAACAAACUGUUCUUGCGCCGUGCUUCUUCACGACGAUGA